AUGAAUAAGUUCCUGCUCAGUGUGACGGUGGCAAUGAUAGUGAACACCACCGAUAACACGAAUGAUAUGGUCAAGCCUGGUUUGAGAAAGACAAGGAUGCCUACAAUUGUUGUUCGACAAAGUAUGCUGCGAAAGCUAAAUGAUAGGGUUUACAUGUAUUUCCAAGAUAAUGUUGUCGUUAUAGUAAACCCUAAGGGUGAAAUGUAUUGUUGUGCAAUUACCGGUGUAAUUGGCAAGGAAUGA